CAGCCUCCUACUCAUUAUUACUUAAUACUUCCACAACUUGUAGGGUGUAAACAAAACAUAGCUCCGGGGUUCUCCUCAGAGUCCCCACCCGGCUCUCCUCUCGUACACCCGAAUUUCCCCUAAUGAGACCCCGCAGCCUGUCCCUGUACCCGGUUUGUGUCCCUGGGCGGCGGGGCUGCGGCUCUGCUGCUUCUGUGUGCAGAGUCUGGACGGGUGCUGCUGCGGCAGAGUGCAAGUAACGGAGGUAUGCGGGACAGUAACAGUGGCGGCGGGAGCGCCAUGUACUGCGUGAUCUGAGACCCGCAGCCGGACACCCCCAACACAUCAGCCGCCGCCUCGGAGAGAUACCUGUGCUUGGAAUAGAAAUUGGGCUGGUUGAAACCAACCACCGCAAUGAAGUGUACCAGUCUGUCAGAGAUCCAACGCCUGGAGAUAUUGUUGAACACUGCGCUUCUUACAGAGAGCUCCAAAUGGAGGGUUCCAUGUUUUCUGGACUCCACUAUAAAGGGCACAGAUAUCUCUACGAUGCAGUAUGAGCAAACUGUUCUGUGGAUGGAAGAAUUGAAGUCACGCUUCCAAUUUUAUCCUGAAACUUUUGGCUUGGCUGUCAGCAUUCUUAACCGCAUUUUGGCAUCAGUAAAGGUUCAAGUGAAGUAUCUCCAAUGUAUCACUGUCACAUGUUUAUACCUUGCUGCCAAAACCAAUGAAGAGGAUGAGAUCAUACCAUCAGUGAAGACGCUGGCAGUGCAGAGUGGGUGCAUGUACUCAUCUGCAGAGAUCUUAAGGAUGGAAAGAAUCAUUCUGAAUAAGCUGCAGUGGGAUCUGUACAUGGCCACACCAGUGGACUUCCUGAACACUGUUGACCCAGCCAAGUUCUUCAGUUGUAAAGAAUUGGUUGACCGGUGCCUUGAAACUCCGUCCAAUCCAGUCUACAUUUUGAUGUCUGCCAGAAAAGACGUUCAGGACUAUCACCACAAGGAACAAGUCUCUUGCUGUGUUCCAUCAGCGGGCUAUACUACACCAGCACACUGUGUAACAGUGACCACAAACCAGCCUAUCCCAGAUGCCUUCUUCCCUCAUAUAAAGCACACUCCUAGAAAUGUCAUGGAGACGGAUGAUUUUUUUGAUGGGUUUAGACAUCUGUAUAAUGAAGACUGCAUUCAGGACAGAAGCGGGAUACAGGAGGUUCUCAUAGGUAAUAAGUCGCACAUGGUGGAAGUAAGCAGCAAUCCAUGCCCCCCACCCUUGCAGUCACCAUGUCCAGACUAAUAUGUGAGCUGCAGGAUCACUGCCAAAAGCCACUGAAGAGUGACAGAGUGGUGCCAACAGCAAUAGUGUUUUAUUUUAUUUUUUCCCAGUUAUAAAAUGAAUUGGAGUAUUACUGACUUUUUAGCUCUUCAGCUGCCAGAUAUUGACCUUCUGUUUCUAUUGCAGAGGAUGUGUUAAGCACCAUUAAUGUUACUUAUUAUUCAUUUACAUUUAUUUUAGUCUUGCACACAGUCCACACAGUUUUUACAAAUGGUGGUGUGUUCAUGACCUACGCCUUCUAUGUGUUAGAACAAAUGACGGCCCUGCGUCUUUUGCUGUUGUGCUCAUCAUGCAGCAGUUGGGGACCGUGAAGCUAAUUUAGUUGUGGUUGGAGCCGCUAUCGCUGCUGCUUACAUGGAAGCUCUGAUAUGGUGAUGCAGCUCUACUAUAUCAAUGCAGCAGGAGGUGUCGCGUCUCCUGCUUGCAUUACUGAUCCAAUCUGAUCAUCUCCAACACCAUCAGCCGGCUGCUACCUAGAGGCCAGAAAAUCUCUAAGUUCCUGGCCUUUUCCCUCCCCUGCAAGGGCAGCGACAUGCCUCCUUUUGGAGAAAGAGGCAAUCGUCGCUUCUAAACAGCAUCAGACUGUCAAUCACUGAUGCUGAUCUGUAUCCCUUGUCACCAAAAAUCGGUACUUUGUUACAUGUAACGCUACACCAACCACAUCUGUGCGUGAUAACCUCAGAGUGUGCUUCUGGAAAUUAAGUUGUUCAAGUUUUUAUUUCCAAAUCUGGCAAAGGUUUCGUGUACAGGUCAUGGGCUAAAUGGACAACGGUCUCUUUUAGUUUGUGGUUCUGUAAAAUCACAUUUUUGUAUUCAGGAAAAAAUGUUACAUGCAUACAAAUGAAGGUCACAAAUACACAAUUGGGAACAAACUGAGGGCUUGAUUCAGAUGUGUAUGCAAACUCUCUGAUUUACGUACAAAUCUGAUGGUGUGGGCUGCGACCAAUUGUCCAGAUGGGGAUCCGAUGCUGCGUCUUUGGGCUCAGCAUUCGGAUGGCAGAUGCAUGGUGGAGGCAUCUUAUUUCCUACAGGUACCUCCUGUUGCAUUUGCAUUUUAGUUGUAGGGUAUUCCACAGCUGCUUCCCUACGGCGGUGCAAUACCAUACACAGAAUCUGUCCCUAAGUCAGGAGUUUAAACCUCAGAUGGUCUAAAUUGCGGUUUACUGCAAUCUAAAACUGUUUUUAACUCUUUGCCCCACGUUUACUGCUAUCCGCCCUGGUAAUCCUUCCACUGUAGCAAAACAACCAUGUAGCAUGGCUUUAAUGCUAGAAAAUGACGCUCAGGGACGUAAUGAGUAUUGUUAUUAGAAUGAAUAUAUGUAAUAAAGUAUCCCCCUACAUGUGCAUGCAAUAUUACACUGUGCCAAACCAUAACACCUCCCCCUUCCCGUUCCUGCCCAAAAAUCUAGUGCUGGUUCUGGAAACAUCUCGUUGGGGAAAAUUAUACUUUUAAACCUUGAAACCAAAAAACUAAUAGUAUGCACAUUUAAAAAUCUAAAUAUUUCCUGUUACUGUAAGUUAGAUUUGUUGCGGCAAAUGAGCCCAGGUUAAACAUACUGUGUUGUUGUGUUUUUUUUUUUUUUAUGAUAACAUUUUGUUGAUUUAUUUAAUGGUGUCUUUUAUAUUACAGCUAUUUUACUUUGAGUAUGUUUAACAAUAUGUUGUGAAAUUUGUCUGAAUAUGAAAGGAAUAUUGCAGAAGGAAAGCUCCCUGCCUAAUCUUUAAAGUGGUCUUUUCUUUUUGUAGUUUUUCUUUUAAGUUCGUAACCUAAUGAGACCAAGGGGUAAAAGUCCGGUCCAACAAGACAGGAGUCACCUGUCACAAGCUGUGAAAGUUGUCGGCGAAUGUACAGUACAUAUUCUUGGUUUAAUAUACUUUUUUAUAAAACGUUUAGGGUAACACAAAUGAAACCUAAGUAAGGCAAGUUAUCAACUUUUCAGUCAAACAGUUGUAGAUAAGUAUUUAUUUUAUGUGUGUUUUGUUUUUCGCUGUGGCUGCACUUUUUUUUCACGUUAUUUUCUCAAACUGAGAUGUUCAAUGUCUUCUGUAAGGCAAAUACUGAUGUUCUGUGUUUAUUUUAAAGUAAAUGCUAAUUGCAUUGUCUUCUUUUUUUUUUUUGCCAUUAAAAAAAUGUUGCCUAACAUACUAAA